UGCCUGAACCCCAGGACUAUUCCUUACAGGUCUAUCGCAUCUUUGGUUGCCACGAUCUUUGAGCGAGUUUGAACUCGCCACCACAUCUGCUAUCAGAGUGCGUUUACCAUGACGGGACCUGCCCUAUUGCGCAUGGAUGGGAACGCUCUCAAUUUCGGAAUGGCGAAGUACGUUCUCUUAUUCGCCCCAAAGUCAUACCCGACUAGAUUGGAACAUUCCACAGAUUGACGUUAGUAUCAUUACCAACGACAGACCGCAUCCCUUCACUCGAUUACUGGGUUCGUUGUCCAACGGGAGAUUCUACAGUGAUCAACUGCAUUUGAGAAUCAAUUUGGAACAAUCUUCCGAUGAGGCGACUAUGCAUCUAACUCGCAAUUUUCAAUGGAUCCGCGGUAGCAUGUUUGUGCACCAUCGGGUCAUUCAUGGAGGACUACUGCCUGCCGUGGUUGAAUCUUGGUAUCUAAAUUCCAAUCACAGCUACGGUCUUUUAUUGGAGGAUGAUGUAGAACUGUCGCCUUUGUUCUAUACAUGGAUCAAGAUGACCAUCCUUCGCUAUCGCUGGGUAAUCUUUUCCUCGAUCAUGGAUCCGUUUAUCAUGAAUCAGCUACGGAGACGAAUGCAACAUGUUGCCACAACUUUUCGGUGUCAGCCUGUAUCAACAAAAGCAUAUCGAACUUCAUUCCGGCGGCCGAAGACUGUUUGAUGCGUGGGCCUUCUUUGAAAGCACAGAAUUACCGGUGUCAUCACCCUAUCUUUCACUGCGGCUGGGGCGCGGUAUACUUCCCAGAACACUUGCGAGAAUUCCAUGAUUUAUCUGUCUCUCCGCUUUUCCGAACUAUCU